AUCAGUGAAGCUCCUCCCACAUCACUCACAUCAUCAGUGAAGCUCCUCCCACUGCAGUUCAUCAAUAAAUGCUGGAAUAUUCCCAUCAGACGAGCACUGAAGCAUCAGGAAGAGCUGAAAACUGCAAAGAACACGAGUGAUCCAGAACUCUGCAGAAUGAAACACACUGAAGAUACUGAAGAACAAAGAGAGCUGAUGGAAGUGAAGGAGGAGAGUGAAGAACUGAAUGAAGUGGAGGAGGAACAUCAUGACAAACCUGGAGAAAAACCUUUGAGUCGCUCAAAGACUAAAAAGACAUUUUUAAAGAAAAUAAGAGCCAAGAAAUCUACAACCUGCACUCAGUGUGGAAAGAGUUUCACAUCCAAACAAUAUCUUGAGAUUCACAUGAGAGUUCAUACAGGAGAGAAGCCGUUCACAUGUGAUCAGUGUGGGAAGAGAUUCAGUCAAUCAUCAAGCCUUAAAGCACACAUGCGAAUCCACACAGGAGAGAAGCCGUUCACAUGUGAUCAGUGUGGGAAGAGUUUCACUCAAAAAGGAAGUCUUAAGGAACACAUGAAAAACCUGAAGAGACACCUGACAGUUCAUACAAAGGAGAAGCCACAUUCAUGUUCUGUGUGUGGAAAGAGUUUUUCACUGCUGUCAUAUUUACAUCGAAACAAUUUAAAACAGCACCAGAGAAUUCACACUGGAGAAAAAGCUGACAGUUCAGAAAAAGAUGCUACAAAAGAAGUUGAUGUUGGCAUUCUCAUCAUCACUGAAGAAGGCGGGAGCAGCACAGUUUUGCUAGAAAGGGAGAUGAUGGUGGAUGUUGUGGUGGUUCUGGAGGAGCAGAUUGUCAAACGUGACCUAGGAGAUGUUGCUUUUGCCUUUGCUACACUCGUGGGUCUUCUUUACUAUCUUAACAUAGACUAUCCCAAGAGGCUGAAGUACACAUUUGAGGUGAUAUAA